UAUUUACCUUGAAGCUCCGAUACGUCACUUGUACUGUAGACCUUUCUUCUUCUUCUUUUUUUCUUCUUCUUCAAAUAACAUCAUAAAUUAAAUGUAGGCGCUAAAACAAUUAUUUCUUUGACUUUGCCAACACACUGAACGUGAUAAAUAAAUGCACACCCAUAUCUAUUUGCAAUUGUUAAGAGUCAUCUCUAUAAAAAAAAACUCUAAUUUCUGAUUCUCUAUAUCUAUAAACCCAGCUCAUUGAAUCUCUAAUGUCGUCGAGUAGUUAGAGGGAUGCAUUUUCCUUUAUAAUAUAUAAUAUACAAACCCAGUUAAUUCGUUGAUUUUCUUCUCUGGUUAUUAGACUAAGUUAAGCUACAAAGUUUGUCAUUACGCACUUUCUUAUAGUUUCUCUGCUUCAUAAUUCUUCUAAGGCGUCCAUCCUUCCGGUCUAUUUUGUCAUGGUGGUGCCUCUAGAAGAAAGCUCCCAAGAUUAUGUGGUUUUAAACCCACAUAACGGUGGAAUUAUAGAUCUUUUACGAUUAUUACUUUUUCGUGAUAUCGAAAAGAGCAAGUUUGUGGAUUGCCCAGAAGGAAUUUAUGAUGCACAUUUCAAACGUCGAUGGCUAAUAUUUUUAUCGAUUAUUGUUCAAAAGAUUCUUAAUUCUGUUAAAAAACCUCUAGCUUGGUUUGGAAUGGCCCUUGAGAUGUGGUUGAACCUAUACUGCGAUAAUGGGAAUUCACUUGGUCUUUUGAUGAAUAUCCUGAAAUGGAAGGUGGUUAUUCCAGACCCAAAAUCUGCACGAUACAGAUCGAAUACCGCAUUUAUGGAUAACCGAAUUCAGCUCGAUAAGAAUCUGAUAUACGGAGAUAAUAGGUAUUAUGCAGCCUUUUCAAUUAUGGCUGCUAAAUUAGCAUACGAGAAUGCAGCUUUUGUUGAAGAAACAGUCAAAGAUCACUGGAAGAUGGAAUUCUUGGGGUUCUACGAUUACUGGAAUGAGUACCAAGAAUUGGCCACUACACAGGCUUUCAUGCUCCGUGACAAAAGAUCUGAUGACAUAGAUCUAACUGUGGUAUCAUUCAGAGGCACUGAAAUGUUCGAUUCAGAUGCAUGGAACACCGAUUUUGAUAUAUCAUGGUACGAAAUCCCUAAUGUAGGCAGGGUCCACGGCGGUUUCAUGAAAGCAUUAGGAUUACAAAAAGAUCAUGGAUGGCCCAAGGAAAUUCUCCACACUACUUCACGUCCUGAAGUCGCUUAUUAUAGUAUUAGAGACAAGCUUAGAGAAAUUCUUCGAGAGAAUAAAAAAGCAAAAUUCCUUGUGACCGGACAUAGUUUAGGAGGAGCAUUAGCCGCUCUUUUCCCUGUGAUUCUAGCUUAUCAUGGAGAAUCGGAACUGCUCCAUAGUUUGGAGGGGGUUUACACAUUUGGGCAGCCUAGGGUUGGUGAUGAUAAACUUGCAGAGUUCAUGGAAACACAAAUCCAUAUGCAUAACGUGAAGCUUGUAAGAUAUGUCUAUGGUCAUGACAUGGUUCCUCGGUUGCCAUAUGAUGAUAAGACUCUCAUGUUUAAGCACUUCGGAACGUGUGUUUACUAUGAUAGAUUCUACAAAGGAAAGAUCGUUAAAGAAGAACCAAACAAGAAUUACUUUGAGAUGAAGUGGUUUAUACCGAAGAUAACGAAUUCCUUUAUGGAAAUGGUUAGGAGCUUCCAUCUUCGGCACAAGUAUGGACAUGAAUACGACGAAGGUUGGUUCUUGCUAAUGUUUAGAACAAUUGGACUUGCAAUUCCUGGAAUUUCAGCACAUAUGCCUCAAGAUUACGUUAACUGUACUCGAGUUGGAUCUUUAGAAACAUUACUGCCAGAUGCCAGUGCUGGAUCCCGACCGUCACAAAUCAUCAGCCUCGACUAGUGGUACUCAUACUGAAACAUCAUCUUUCAAAUUGAGGCAAAAUUUACUACUAGUGUAAAAUAUUGCGAUCGUUCUGCAAUCAUUUGUUGUAUCUAACUCGGUGAAUUUGUUAUUUCAUCUAUUUUUGCGUGUUCAAUAAGUGUUUUUAUCUCAAUAUUACAGUUUUUAUUGUAGCCAAAACUGUGGAUUGUGCUUGCUUGUAGUGUUACCAAUAAAUAAAUGCAGUUACAGAACUUCUUAUUGUCCCCAAUA